AUGGCUUCGGUCAACCAACUUAUUUUCAUUGCGCUACUGUUUGUAACAGUACCAACGUUUCUGCAUUUCUCAACAACUCUUGGAGAUGGCGUUCAACCAAAAUGUCUUGCCGUUAUUUUCGCCGUGAUUGCCGCGUACGCGUGUAUUCGUUUGCUACCUGACCGGACUUUCGGCUUAGUUAGUUACGGCGUAGUCACACCGAUAAAGAAGGCAGUACUGAUCACGGGUUGUGAUACCGGUUUUGGUCAUGAAUUGGUGAAGAAAUUAGACGAGUUUAGGUUCUCAACGGUGUUCGCCGGCUGUCUGUAUCCCGAUGGUGAAGGUGCCAAGAAGCUUCAAGCAAAAUGUUCACAUAGGGUAGUCAUUGUACCACUUGAUAUCUCAUCCGAUGAAUCAGUUGCCAUGGCGAUGCAGCAAGUUGAAGAAACAUUAAGAAAGCGGACACAUGAUCUGUGGGCAGUUGUCAAUAAUGCCGGUAUCUUUCAGUGUGGGGAUAUCGAGUUUGCACCACUGGAAAUGUUCAAACGAUUAGCCGAAGUUAACGUUUAUGGAACUGUACGUGUUACCAAGGCAUGUUUACGGCAUAUAAGACGACACCAGGGACGUGUUGUUAUAAUGAGCAGUAUAUCAGGAUUAUGGACCAUCCCAUCGAAUGCACCCUACUGCAUGACUAAGUAUGCAUUGGAAUCAUUCACAGAUGCACUGCGAUGUGAAAUGAAACAAUGGGGCGUAAAAGUAUGUGCCAUUGAACCUGGGCAAUAUGGAAGAGCUACAAACAUUGGUUUGAAUAGAGUGGAUGAAAUGAAAGAGGUCGCAAACAAACUUUGGGACAACGCCGAUGAUAACGUCAAGAAAGACUACGGAAAAGGCUACAUCGACAGCCAUGUGGAGAAUUGCAAACGUGAUUUAGAUAGUUGUUAUAGCGAUGGAAGUCCUGUUGUCAUGGCAAUGUUGAAUGCAGUAUGGGAUACUAAUCCUAAAGAUCGUUACCUAGUUGGAGGCCUUUUCAAAACAUGGUUACCAGCGUACAUGUUUCGGUACCUGCCUUCCUACAUAACUGAUCAGACAUUUAUAAGACAGUUUUCCAAGUACUCAAAACCGUUAGCACUGAGAAAAUAA